AUAACGAGAUGCUCACGAGCUAGACGUUAGCCAGUUUUCUGCGACGUGCCCAUGGUGCUUAUACUGGUUUUAUCGAUAGGGAAACUGCACGUCGCGUAUAUAUAAAAUUACUAAAUAGCAGAGCCAUUUUUCUAUUUAAAUAUUAUUACCAUUUCGUUAUUCCUUCAUUAUUGUCAUUACAAGUUGGUCGACAAGAUCUACUCUAUUUAUUUCUAAUUUAGUGGUGAACGUUAAUUAAAUACGCAGGAUUUUCGAGCAAAAAGGAAAAUAGAAUUCAACAACAUUUGUCAGGAUUAUAUCCACGUGUGAGCUUAUAGUCCACUAGGCUCCCACGUCUGAUAGAUUCUGUAAAAUAACUUAAAUAUAUUUGAAAAAACUAAUUAUUAAUAUUUAUCACAAUGCCAGCUCAAUUUGAAAGUGCAAACACUCCUGUCGUAGGAGAACCAACUAUGAUGAAUGGUGAUACCACUCCAUACAAUAUAAAUGAUGAAAUUGUAAUUAGUGGUUUUUCAGGACGUUAUCCUGAAUCUUCAAAUGUUGAAGAAUUUAAGAAAAAUUUAUUUGAGGGCAUCGACAUGGUCACAAAUGAUGAUCGUCGAUGGCCUUCCGGUAUGUAUGGCCUACCUGAGAGAAGUGGUAAAUUGAAGGAACUCAAUUUAUUCGAUGCUACCUUCUUUGGUGUUCAUGCCAAACAGGCUCAUGUAAUGGAUCCACAAUUACGUAUGCUCUUGGAAGCAACUUACGAAGCAAUCAUAGACGCUGGUAUUAAUCCAAAUGAUAUUAGAGGAUCUAAGACUGGCGUAUUCAUUGGAGUCUCUGCAUCAGAAUCAGAUGAAUAUUGGACUAAUGAUCCAGAUCAAAUUAAUGGAUAUGCAUUGACCGGUUGCUGUAGAGCUAUGUUUCCAAAUAGGAUUUCAUAUUCAUUUGAUUUCAAUGGUCCUAGUUAUGCUAUAGACACUGCAUGUUCAUCGUCUUUAUAUGCCAUGCAUCAAGCAAUAGCUUCAAUUCGUUCAGGAGAAUGUAAUUCUGCUAUUGUUGGUGGUUGCAAUCUUCUUUUAAAACCUACCCAAUCUCUUCAAUUCCAUCGAUUAAGCAUGUUGUCUUCAGAUGGUAUGUGUAAAACAUUUGAUGCUGAUGGUAAAGGAUAUGUCAGAUCAGAGGCUGUCUCUGUACUCUUUCUGCAAAAAGCAAAAGAUGCACGUAGAGUGUACGCUACAGUUAUACAUUCUAAAACCAAUACUGAUGGUAACAAAGUACAAGGAAUCACUUUUCCUAAUGGAGAAAUGCAAAAUAAAUUAAUGCGCGAGAUUUAUGUAGAAGCAGGUAUUAAUCCUGCAGAUGUUUCUUAUGUAGAAGCUCAUGGUACUGGAACAAAGGUUGGUGACCCUCAAGAAGUCAAUUCUAUAGCAAAUUUGUUUUGCAAAGGUAGAAAGAGUCCUCUAUUAGUUGGUUCUGUUAAAUCUAAUAUGGGACACUCGGAACCUGCUAGCGGAGUAUGUUCCAUAUCGAAAUUGCUUAUUGCUAUGGAAGAAGGUAUAAUUCCAGGUAAUUUGCAUUUCAAAAUUCCGAAUGCAGACAUACCAGCAUUGAAUGAUGGAAGUAUACAAGUUGUGGAUAAAAAUAUGCCAUGGAAAGGUGGAUUUGUGGCUGUAAAUUCGUUCGGUUUUGGUGGAGCUAAUGCACAUAUUCUUCUUCGUAGCCAUCCAAAACCAAAAUUAUUACCAGUUCUAGACAGUAAAGUACCCAAAUUAGUAACUAUAUCUGGUCGUACUGAAGAAGCUGUAAGAGUUCUUUUGAACAAAGCUCAAGAAUAUGAAAAAGAUGAUGAGUUCAUUGCUCUACUUCAUGAUAUUUAUGCAAAUAAUAUAUCUAAUCAUUUGUAUCGAGGAUAUUCUGUUAUGGGAAAUGUUAAACUUGGAGAAAUUAAUCAAUAUGUUGACAAGAAACAUCCUAUUUGGUUUGUGUUCUCUGGUAUGGGAUCUCAAUGGCCAGGCAUGGGUAAAGAUUUAUUGAAUAUCGAAAUAUUUCAAAGAAGUUUACGAAAAUGUGCUGAAGCUUUAAAACCUGAAGGAAUUGAUCUAAUGAAUCUUAUUUUGAAUGGAACAUCUGAAACCUUUGAAAAUGUUCUUCAUUCAUUUGUAUCAAUUGCAGCCAUCCAAGUUGCUCUAGUAGAUGUAUUAACAUACCUAGGAAUUCAACCUGAUGGUAUCGUUGGACAUUCUGUUGGUGAAUUAGGAUGUGCUUAUGCAGAUGGUACAUUUACACCAGAACAAACUGUUUUGGCAGCAUAUUGGAGAGGAAAAACGAUCAUGGAUUCAAAUUUACAGCUUGGAGCAAUGGCUGCUGUUGGAUUAAGUUGGGAAGAAGUAGCAGCUCGAUGUCCACCUGACGUAACACCAGCUUGCAAUAAUGCAAGUGAUUCUGUAACAAUUUCUGGUCCAAUUGAAUCUCUUAAGAAAUUUACAGAAGAAUUAAAAAAAGAUAACAUUUUUGUAAAAAUAGUAAAUAGCUCUGGUGUUGCUUUCCAUAGCAAAUAUGUAGCUCCAGUAGGACAAAAGCUUCGUACUAUGCUAGAAAAAAUUAUUCCAAAUCCAAAACAGAGAUCUUCCAGAUGGAUUUCUACAUCAAUACCUGAACAAGCAUGGAGCACUCCAUUAGCACAACUUAGCAGUGCUGCGUAUCAUGUAAAUAAUUUAUUAUCACCUGUGCUGUUUUACCAAGCAUUAUCUCAUAUUCCGGAAGAUGCAAUAGUUAUUGAAAUUGCACCACAUUCUCUGUUACAAGCAAUUUUACGAAGAUCACUGCCUCCAUCUGUAACCAAUAUUGGUCUACAUAAACGAAACCAUUCAAAUAAUCUAAAUUUAUUGCUAGAAAAUAUAGGAAAAAUAUAUAUGGCAGGAGGACAACCCAAAGUUUCUAAGUUGUAUCCACCAGUUAAUUAUCCAGUUGGUCAUGGUACACCUAUGAUUAAUAGUUUGGUUAAAUGGGAUCAUUCUGUACAAUGGGAUGUAGCUACUUUCUCUUCAGCGAGUUCAUCCUUCGGAGAAAAUGUAGUAGAAUUCGAUCUAUCUAAAGAAUCAGAUGAAUAUUUAAUUGGUCAUAAUAUCGAUGAAAGAAUUCUUUUCCCUGCUACUGGUUAUCUAUUAAUAACUUGGAAAACCUUUGCAAAACUACGAGGAGUUGAUUAUGAGCAAUUGCCAAUUACAUUUGAGAAUGUAAAAUUUCAAAGAGCUACUAUCAUGCCAAAGGAAGGAGUUGUGAAAUUUUUAAUUAAUAUAUUCAUGGGUACUGGUCAGUUUGAAAUUUGUGAAAAUGGAUCUGUGGCAGUAACUGGAACAAUUUCUGUACCAGAUGAUAUCAAUAAAAUGUUAUUAAAUAUUCCUGCACCAAUUUUAAAAAAAGAAAGUGAAUUAUUGGAACUGAAUAUAAAUGAUAUUUACAAAGAACUUAGAUUAAGAGGAUAUCAUUACAGUGGAAUCUUUCAAGGUAUUAAAUCCAUCUCUAAUAGUAAAAUUUCUGGUAGACUUCUUUGGAACAAUAACUGGAUUGCAUUCAUUGAUACUAUGCUUCAAUUUUCCAUCCUUGAAAAGGAUACUAGAGGAUUAUAUGUACCUGUUCGCUUACAAUAUGCUGCCAUCAAUCCUACUGUUCAUUUAGACUUUAUCAAAAAUUAUAAGGAAAAUGAGGGUGUUCCAGUAUACUUUUAUUCAAAUAUUGAUGUUAUUAAAUCAGGUGGUAUUGAAAUCAGAAAAAUGAAAGCCUCUUUGAUUGCGAAAAAACAACAAUAUCGAGUUCCUAAAUUUGAGAAAUAUUUGUUUAUACCUUUUGAAAAUUCCCAACCAUUAGCACAGGAUCCAGAAAAAGCCAAGCAAUAUGCUCUUGCUGUACUUCUACAAAUUAUUUGUGAAAAUAUAGGACGCAAAAAAACCAAAAUUGUUGAAGUGGCUGGAAGUCGUCCUGUAGAUUACCUGUUUGUGUCUGAUAUAAUUCACUUUUCUAAUUCAGAAAUUCAACUUAAUUUCGAAUUAGAAGUGGUAGUAGGUUCACGUAAACAGUAUAGUGGCUUAGAAGAACUUAAUGUUACUCUUUCAAUACGUAAUGAAGAGAAAGAACCAGUCGCCGAAGAUUCACAUCUCGUAAUAGCUAGCAACAUAUUGUCUAAUAAUUCAUGGAAUAUAUUGAAAAAUCUGACAGAUAGUUUGGUAAAUAAUGGAUUUCUCUUUUUGGAAGAAACAAAUCAAAUUGACGUUAACUCGGCUAAUUUAUUAAACCAAAAUAUGAUUCAUAUUGCCACACAAGUUGUUGCUGGAAGCUCGUAUCAUCUAUUUAGAAAAAAAGAACAUAGAUCUGCUCCUAUUGUUAUACAAAUAACAGAAAAGAAUUUUAUGUGGUUAGAAGGUGUAAAAGCGGCUUUAAAAAAAGUUGCAACUGAAAAUCAGGAACUUCUAUUGGUUAGCCAGGGCGAAGAAUUACUUGGUAUAAUUGGAUUCAUGAAUUGUAUUCGUUUAGAAGAUGGUGGUGCGAAAACAAGUUAUGUUUUCAUUCAAGACAAAAACUUACCUAAAUUUAAUUUAAAUGAUAAAUUUUAUACUCAACAAUUGAAUAAACAUUUGGUAGCUAAUGUUCUAAAAGGAGGACAAUGGGGAAGUUAUAGACAUUUACAAUUAGAUUUACAAAAUGAAGAAUCUCUGCAAGUUGAACACGCCAAUAUUAAUGCUUUGUUUAGAGGUGAUUUGAGUAGCUUAAGAUGGAUUGAAAGUCCACUCAGCUAUUAUCAGCCAGAAAAAUUUCCAAACACAUUGUUAUGCUCUGUAUACUAUGCACCAUUAAACUUUAGAGAUAUCAUGUUAGCAACUGGAAAGUUGCCACCAGAUGCUCUGCCUGGAAAUCUAGCUACUCAAGAAUGUAUAUUGGGUCUUGAGUUUUCAGGACGUGAUCCAAAAGGUCAACGAGUCAUGUCUAUGGUGGCCGCACGUGGUUUAGCUACUACUGUUGUAGCUGAUCCUAAGUUUAUGUGGAAAGUACCUGAUAAUUGGUCUUUGGAACAGGCAGCAACUAUUCCGGUUGCUUAUGCUACUAGUUAUUAUGCUCUAUGUGUCCGUGGUCGCAUGAAACGAGGUGAUAGUGUUUUGAUUCAUGCUGGUAGUGGAGGUGUUGGACAAGCUAGUAUUUCUAUAGCGUUGCACACAGGAUGCACAGUAUUCACUACCGUUGGAACUCAAGAGAAACGAGAUUUCUUGAAAAAAAUGUUCCCUCAAUUAACUGAUAGAAACAUCGGCAAUUCUCGAGAUACCAGCUUUGAACAAUUAAUACUUACCGAAACUAAUGGACGUGGCGUAGAUAUAGUGCUUAACUCGCUAGCUGAAGAAAAAUUACAAGCUAGUGUCAGAUGUCUUGCUAUUGGUGGUCGUUUUCUUGAAAUUGGAAAAUUUGAUUUAUCGAAUGAUUCUCCUCUUGGAAUGUCUGUGUUUUUAAAAAAUGCCUCUUUCCAUGGAAUACUUUUGGAUGCUAUUUUGGAAGGUGAUAGUCCAGAGAGAAGAGAAACUGCAAGACUCGUCAACGAAGGAAUAGAGAAUGGUGCUGUUCGGCCACUUCCUUCAACAGUUUUUUCAGAACAACAAAUUGAGCAAUCUUUCAGAUUUAUGGCUACUGGCAAACAUAUUGGUAAAGUUUUAUUGAAAAUUCGAGAUGAGGAAAAGCAAAAAGUUAUACAACCAACAACAAAGAUAGUUUCAGCCAUUCCACGCACAUAUAUGAAUCCUGAAAAAUCAUACAUAAUAAUUGGUGGCCUUGGUGGAUUUGGUUUGGAACUUUCAGAAUGGAUGAUCAUACGUGGUGCAAAAUAUAUAGUCUUAACUUCAAGAUCUGGCAUACGUACUGGCUUUCAGUCAUUGUGUGUUCGUCGCUGGCGUGAGAUGGGUGUACAUAUUAAAAUUUGCACAAUGGAUAUAUUAACAUUAACUGGAACGAAACAACUUAUUAAAGAAAGCAAUGAACUUGCUCCUAUUGGUGGUAUAUUCAAUUUAGCAGCUGUUCUACGAGAUGGUCUCAUUGAAAAUCUCUCGGAAUCUGAUUUUAUAAUGUCAGCAUCACCUAAAAUUACCAUAACUAAGAAUUUAGACAUAGUAUCACGAGAAUAUUGUUCCUCGUUAGAUUAUUUUGUUGUGUUUUCAUCUGUUUCGUGUGGAAGAGGUAAUUUAGGUCAGAGUAAUUAUGGUUUAUCAAAUUCUGCUAUGGAAAGAAUAAUGGAAAAUAGACAAGCAAAUGGUUUACCUGGUCUUGCCAUUCAAUGGGGAGCUAUUGGUGAUGUUGGUCUAAUUAUAGACACAAUGAAUGGUUCUAGUGAUACUGAGAUUGGUGGUACUUUGCCUCAACGCAUACAAAGUUGUCUUGAUACAAUGGAUAUCUUCCUUCAACAACCACAUCCAGUUUUAUCUUCCAUGGUUAUAGCAGAUAAAAGGGUAGAAGUUGGAACAAAAACUAGUGUAGUUGAAGCAGUAGCCAAUAUCAUGGGUAUUAAAGUAUUGGAAUCCAUUAAUCCCAGUGUUACUUUAGCUGAUCUUGGAAUGGACUCCCUGAUGGGAACAGAAAUUAAACAGACUCUCGAGAGGAACUAUGAUCUAAUAUUGUCGGCAUUAGAAAUUCGUACUUUGACAUUUAAAAAAUUACAACAGCUUGAUGGUCCUAUUGCAGAAGAACAAGCGAAUACUUCUACAGAUUCAGAAGAAAAUAUCGUAGAAGAUUUUCUAUUCCAAGUUAAUUCUUCAGAACUUGUACCUAUUAAAUCUCUUGUACAAUUGGAAUCAAAGAGUUCAAAAGGACAGCCAUUAUUCAUUGUUCACGCUAUUGAAGGAACACAAACACCAUUUAAAACUUUAGCUAGUGAAUUAGAACGACCUGUUUGGAGCUUUCAGUGUAUUGAAAAUAGUCCACUAGAAUCUGUAUCAGCAUUAGCUGCUUUUUAUGUGAAAGAAAUGCAGAAGAUUCAAGCUAAAGAACCAUAUCAUGUAGCAGGAUAUUCCUUUGGGGCUUGCAUUGCAUUUGAAAUGGCCGUUCAGUUGGAAAAGGCUGGAAAUGCAGUAGUUUUAACUCUCCUUGACGGUUCACCGGCUUACGUGAAAUUACAUUCUGUGGAAAUUGGAAAGCUUGCUAAUCAAGAUGAUGUGAAUGCAAAUGGUUACAGAAAAUCUUUAUCGUAUUUCAUCAAACAAUUUAAUAAGAAGAUCAAUUUCACUCAGACUUAUGACAUCUUAGAAUCUGUACCCGAUGAAGAGUUAUUAGAUAAAGUGGUAGAAAUUAUAGACGAACCUCAACUGAAUGUUAAAGACUUAAAAGUUGCUGGUCUAUUAUUCUAUAAGAAACUGCUGGCAGUUUAUAAUUAUAAUCCAAGUGUAUUUAAUGGAGAUAUUUUAUUAAUUAGAGCCAAAGAUAAUUUUGUUGAUUUAGACGAAGAUUAUGGUUUAUCAGAGAUUUGUAAGAAAAAAGUAAAAAUUGAAAAAUUACCCGGAAAUCAUAGAAGCAUUUUAGUAGGAAAGAAUGCAUCACAAAUUGCAAAUAUUUUAAGAACGUAAAAAAUAUAUUUCAAUUUAUAAAAUUAUUCUAAAUUCAGAAAAUUAUUCUGUAAUAUUAAUAUCAUUACUUAAAUGUACAUAAAUGUUGCAUAGAAACAUUCCAAAGAGCUCUUAAUGUACAUGAUAAUAAUGAUCAUCAAAAACUUAACAUUUAAUUUUUAAUAUGAUUUCUACAUAUAUUUUCUGUAAAAUUCCUUUUGUACAAAUAUUUCUUACCUCAGGUUUUUACAUGCAUUGUUUAUAUCAUCUACAUUAUUAAGUUAUGUAGUCAAUUUUUCUAUUUUCUAUCAAAAAUAUCUUAGAUUGUGAAAUGAUAAAUAAACAUCGAGGGAGAUGGGCGUGUAUAAAGGAA